UUUAACAGAGCAGAAGGUACAAGAGACGGUCGAGAGCAAAACUGAACAGGACUCAACCCUGUAGGACAGCAAUGUGGUACCUGGCAAUACUCGUAGCUUUUGGUGCCUCCACCGUAAAUGGUCAAUUUUUUUUAUUGGACUGCAUCCCCAACCUCGUUUCAAAUAACUUACUAGGAGGACUCACGAGCUUUAGUUUUGCAUUAGAAAACACCAUCUGCUGUAUUCGUCAGGACAAUAGAAUUCUACUGACAGACACUGUAGUGUUGAUAGUGGGCUCAAAUCAAGUACUACUGAACCUUAAUCCCACAACUAUCGAUAUAAAUUUUCUGCCACCGUUCUCUAACUUCUCUAACACUGGGUUGUUUGUCGCUAUAAAUGGAUCCAUUAUCGAUCUUUGUCCUUUGAAUAUAAAUCUACCAGAUACAAUACUUAUUGGAAUUAAUCCAAAAUGCCUGAUAAAUACAAACCUAGUAGUUUGCAAUGGACCUCUAUUACUAGACAGAUUGUACAGUGUUAUAAUAUUAGUUUAUCGAAACGGCACACUUAUAGCGAUAACUAGACCAUCACCGGAAAUCGUCCUCAGGAAACCUAAAGAUUAUCGUUCCAUUGACACUACAAUUAACAAGCACAGUGCCAGCAUGAUUGUCAUUACUACUGUCCUGCCCAUUCUCCUAGCAUUGUUCCUGGUCAUCUUUACUACUAUUCUACUCAUGAAAUGUUGCUGUUGCAGUGUUUUCACACCAACAAAAUGUCAGCAGGAGCAAUAAGAAUGAAUAUUCAGAAACAGACAGUAUUCGGCAUCUGUUACUUUUGUCUGUUAGCUAUAUGUACCUGAUUUUUUUGAAAGAUGGGUAAAGCAGAAUUCACUCACUUGCUUGAAAACAAUAUACAUUUUAGAAAAUUGCUUAA